AAUCAGACUGAGAACGAGAAUGGCUUUUCUGCUUCUUUGAAGUAUGGCGUGUUGGCGGAAGGGGGGGCGGAAAGACUCCAACCAGGUGGGGAACUAUGUCCCGAGUUGAGCUGGUGUGAAGAGUGCGGAUCAAGCUCGUAUAUUCAGAGACUUCAUGUCGAAGCCUUUGGCUAG